AUGGACAGUGAUGAGAGAAUUUUGAAUUCCGUAUUAGAUUUCGAUUUACCUACAGGACUUGUACAAAGAAAUGUAAUUUUACAACGUGAUCGUUAUGGUUAUGGACUUACAGUAUCGGGUGACAAUCCUGUAUAUGUUCUUAGUAUAAGAGAUGGUGGAGCAGCUCAAAAGGCCGGCGUUCAAACGAAUGAUCAGAUAAUCAAAUGGUAA